AAAAAAAAGAGAGAAAAAAAACAGAAUAAUAAUUAAUAAUGGUUGAUAUUUAAAUAUAAAAUAUUAAAAACAUUUAAAAAGUAAAUUUAAAGAAUUGAAAAAUUGAGAUUUUAUUAAAAGAAGAAGGAAAAAAAUGUUUUUAUUCUACACAACAAUAGGAUAAUUUUCUCGGUUUUUUUUUCUUUUUUGUAAAAGUUUUAUCGUUUUUUUUCUUUUUUUUUUUUGUGUGCUUUCUGUUUCUUCGUUAGUGUUCAAUUCUCAAAAUAACAAAAACAAAAAAAAAGAAGAGGAAAGGAUUCGCGAAAAUAAUUUUUUUUUUACCUAUCCCGUAAAUGGCGUAUUUUUAUACUUAAAAUAAUAAUGAAAAAAAUUUACGAAAAUUUAAUUUUUUGAGACUAAAGUCAGCAAAGAAUUGAAAUUUGUUUCAUUUUUUCAAGUUGUUUUUUCAUUUUAAAUAAAAAUGACAGACGAAAUAAUAAUUGUUUGGUUAAAUAGAAUUCUAAAAAGCCAUAUUAAAAAAAUUUACAAAGAAUUUUAAGGGAAAAAAUUGUGAUGUAAAAAAUUUGCCAAAAAAAAAAAAACAAAAACCACGCAUCCAUAUUAAAAAAAAAAUGAAAUCAAAAUCAUAUUUUUUUUUGUUUAUUAAAAAAUUUUCAAUGGAAAAAUGAGAAAUUUAUUUUUUAUUGAAAUGAAAAGUGUAACAAAAAACAACACACAUUAAAAAAAUUAAAAAUAAAUUUACUUUUGCUACCUACUGAAAACAAAAAGUUCUUUGGUUUUUUUAGUAUACGCGAUUAAGAAACAACUAAAACAAAAAAAAAAAUCAUUAGAAAUUUUUAAUAGAAAAAAUAAAAAAAAUAAUAAAAAUAGUUAUGAUACAAUUUAAAUUAUUUAUAAAAUUUAUAAGAAAACAUACACCUAUUAAAAAACAAAAAAAAAAUCUCAUUGUUAAAAAAUUUUUAAAUGCGAUUUUUCAAAUUAAUUUUCUGUAAAAGAACUUUUUUUUUUUUGUUUGAAAAGAACACACAACAACCAACCAAAUAAAAACAAGACAUUUUCAAAAUAGAAAAUAAAAAUGUCUGUUAAUUAUAAAAUCCUUAAGGGAUAAAAAAAAAAUAUAAAACAAGAAGAAGAAGAGAUAAAUAAGGACAAAGAUCAGUCACAGAGAAUAAACAUAUUUUAUGUGCUAAUUUGUCAUAAAUCAAAUUUUUAAAACAUACAAUUAUAAAAGAACACUAAUAAAUCAAAUAUAAAUAUAAGAAAUUUAAUAAUAUUAAUAUUAAAAUAAAAAAAAAAAAUAAAAAGAACAUUAAAAACAAAACGGUCAUAAAAAAAUAAAAUGAGUUCAGCUCCAACACAAAUAGCUGUUGCUCCAUCAUCAGCUGGUAAUCUAGUAACAUCAUCAUCUGGUCAAAUACAAAAAGAUUAUUUAGAAGAACCAUUGGCUCGUCAAAAUAGUUUAGGAAAUCGUGGAAGGGGCGGACUUAAAGGUAAAGCUUUAACACGGAGUCAUGCAAUGCGUGAAGCAGCAUCACCACCGCGUACACCUACACCAAGAUCAGAUCAAUUAUCUGGGUUAUCACCGAUAACAUCUGGUAGUAAUCAUCCUCCAUCAUCACCAGAAAUAAAUGAUUCCAAUACAUCAAAAAUGCAUGUACAAUCAGUAUCUUCGGUAACUCAAACAACAAUGGAAACUCCUUCAGUUAUAAUCACUACUCAACAACAACAAUCGCAGCAGCAGCAGCAACAACAACAAAUUCAACAAAAUCAAAAUCAUUCAAAUGUUGUGAUAUAUUCAUCAAACGAUAAUAAUGCCAAUUCGGGUAACGUGAUUUGUAAUGAUGUCGAUUUUCCAAAAUUAACACCACCGAAAUCAUCAAAAGGUGCUCGAAAUCGUGAUAAUGCUAAUAACAAUAGUAAUAAUAGUCAUAAUAACAGUAAUAAUGUUAAUAAUAAUGGAAGUGGUGCUGGUGGUAUUGCGAAUAAUGGAAGUGGUAGCGGUGGCGGGAAUAAUAUUUGUAAUAAUAUCGGUAUGGAUAAUAAUAAUAAAACAAAUAAUAAUGAGCAUAAAAUACAUCAACAACAACAACAAUUACAACAAUCAAUUUCUAGUGGAGAUUCUACAAAUUAUAUAAAUGGCAAAAAGGUUGUAAAUGAUAGCUCAAACAUAAAAUCUCCAAAUAAUCAUAAUAAUAAUAAUAGUAACAAUAUUAAUAAUAAUAACAUCAACAAUAGUAAUGGACAAAAUAAUAAUAAUUCAAGUAUUAAUUCUAUUAAUAAUAACAAUAAUAAUAAUAAUAAUGAUAACAGUAAUAUUCAAAUAAAUUCUUCAUCAACGAAUACAUCAAAUCGAAAUAACAACAAUAAUAAUUCAAAUUUAAAUAAUAAUAAUGAUAGUUAUAUAAAUAAUAAUAAUAAUAACAAUAUUAUUAAUAAUAAUAAUAGUAAUAAUAAUAACAAUAACAAUAGUAUAAAUGUAUCUGUAUCACAACUAAAUCCACAGGCUAGUCCAUAUAUUAAUAAUUCACCGAUUAGCCCUCCGGUUACAGCAUUAUCAUACGAUAAAGAUAAUCGAUGUCCACGUAAUGAAAGUCAAAAUAGUAAUAAUUCUGGUAAUUAUUCACAAGAAGAUAGUCAAAAUUGUGUUGAAAGUCCAAAUGAGAAAAGUGAUCGUUUAAGUAAAAAACAUCGGAAUGGAGCCAAUUCUAAAGGUACAAAACCCAGACUUAAAAAUAUGAGUGGAUCAUCUUCUAGUAUGGAAGGUGGAAAUAGUACGUCUGGAUUUAUAUCUAGAGAUAGUUCAACAGAACAAUUUACUGAUCAAAGUGGCAUCGAUUUGGUGCAAUUCUUUAAAGAAACAUUAAACAAAAGUCCUAAAGACAGAACUACAUUAAUGGAAAUUGAAAAAGAUCUCAUUGAGCUUGCCCAUGACAAAUCUCAAAAAGAACUUCGUUUUCAACCAAUGUCGUCAUAUAAGCGUAUGUUAAUUCAUAGAGUUGCAGCAUUUUUUGGUAUGGAACACAAUGUAGACAAGGCAACACAACAAUGUGUUAUCGUCGCACCAACAAAAGCAACUAGAAUUCCAGAUAUUCGAUUUAAACAAUUAGUGCGUGAUGAACCACGUAAGUCUAUUUUAAAAAGAGAUACUCAUAGUUUCGAUGAAUCGAGACAAGGUAGUUAUUUAGGUGUUGAUCGUGGCGUUUUAGACCGCAAAGCAAAAAGUUUUGAAGAACGUGAAGAAGAAUACCAAAAAGCACGUCGUAGAAUAUUCCGUGGCCGUGAAAGUAUCGAGAUGGCUGAAGAACAAUAUUGGGGUUGGUCCAAUAGCGAUAAUGGUAGCAAUGGUGGAGGUAAUUGCGGUCCAUCACCAUCAAAUAGUGGAGGUGGAAAUAGUGGCGGUGGCAGUGGUAAUAAUGGAGGUGGUAACGGCGGUAAUAACAAUAAUAAUAAUAGUAAUGAAUCAUCACGUAUACGCCAAAAUAAUAAAUUAUUAAAACCAAUGGAACGACAAGAUUCACGUCAAAAUGUUUCGAAAUCUCAUAAUAAUUUUGGUGGAUACGGAGGAGGAGGACCAUCAUCUAAUGCUCCAUCACAACAACAGCAACAACAACAAAAUAUGCAACCAUUAUCAAGAAAUGAUUCAUUAAAUUCAAAUAAAAGCUCAGGUCAACGUGCAUUUUCAAAACAGGAUUCAGCUGGUAGUAGUAAUGCACAAUCAUGGCGUUUAUCACCAUCAAGUAGUGGAUAUAAAACACAAACACAAUCUCUGCGUUCUGAUUCCAUAACUCCUUCACCAACUGGUGGUUAUGGUAGUAGUGAUGAUCAUACGUCAUCAGAACUGUUAAUUGAACAAACAACUGCUGCCCCUGCCUCUUGUGGUGUUGUAUGGGCCGUUACUGAUAUGGCUAGUGUGCCAAGAGGCAGUGUUUUAAUAAAUCCGCAUACAUUGCAACCGUUCGUCAAUCAAGACGGUUCUGUAUAUCAUUUUGACCCGUCCAAUUUACCGCCUAAUCAAUCGGUGGCGCCUGGAAUGUACAACAACAAUCCAAACAAUACUCAUCGUAAAAAUAAAAUGGAAAGACAAAAGAAAUCGUCAUCAACAGAACAACAUAAUAACAAUUGUAGCAACAAUGCUAAUACACCAUCGCCAGGACUCUCUCAUAGCGUAAAUUCAACAACACCAACUCCAAUCGAUCCUGUAAAUGGAACUAAUUUAAUGAAUUCAAACAGUAAUUCAACUUCAACUGAUACUAAUACAACUAGUACAACAUCAAUAGAUAAUAUAUCAGAAAUGUCGGGUCAAACAGUAGUCAAUAUAAAUCCAAAUAAUAACAAUAGCGGAAAUAUUAUUCAGAACAAUAUUGAUAUUGAUGACAAUGAUGAUGAUCUUGAUGAUUCAUCAACCAAAGAAAAUCAAAUUAUGAUUAAUCGUGAAAUGGAUGAUAUUGAAGAAGAAAUAGUUACAAACUAUGAAGAAUGUGAAAAAUCAACUCUUAAAGUUGAUGAUGAAUUGAGAAAUUUACAGGAAAAACCAAAGUUUAUAAAUCAGGCAACUAGUCCAAAUAUACCAAGUCCCGAACCAGAAUAUAAUCUGACUACAACUGUUAUUAUUCCAUCCAAUGAGGUUGGAAAACCAAAUAUUAAAAGCUCAACUAGUGAUAAUCAAACGCCUAUAAGUAUCAGUAAUGUUUCGACAAGAUCAACACCAUCCACGACAUUGACAGAUAAUAAAAAAGAAGAAACAAAAACAAUUAGUUCAAAUAUUCCAAUAAUGAGCUAUGCAACUGGAUAUCAAACAUUAGAUGGAGCCACUGUUUUUCAACCUGCUGGAACUGGUCCUUAUACCACAACAACAUAUCAACAAGGGCCCGAUGGUAGUGUCUACGCUGUACCUCAGCAAAUGGUUUACACAUAUCCACAACCAAUUGAUGGUAGCGAAAUACAGGGUUACUUUGUUUAUGAUCAGGGAGCUGCAGCACGUGAUGGUACUACACUUGUACCAACACCAGUAUAUCAACCAAGUAGUGGUACUACGGUUGUGCCUGUGGCAGCAUAUCCAUCAGCUCCAUUUGGUAGUGCCCCAAUUUAUCAACAGCAAGUUGUUUAUACUCCAGAACAAUUUCCCAACACAGUUGCAGCACCGGCUGCUACAGCAGCUGGUCAAGUACAGCAAUAUCCGGUCACAUAUCCUGUUGGAUAUUCUUAUCCUUAUAAUGGUUACUGGGGUCAAGCUAUGACAUAUUAUGUGCCUCAACCGCCAUUAGCAAACGCGGUAUCUUCGUCAAUAAUUCCGCCACCACCGUUACCUAUCGUUGCCGCCGGCACAGCAUCAACCGCACAGACGGUGAACAUUGGUAGCAGUAUUAAUCCACCAAACAAUAGUAAUAGUAGUCACAGCGGGACAGUAAGUGGAAAACGAAAUACACCGCCACAGCAAACACAACAACAUAGUCAUCAUCAUCAUCACAAUCAUAGUAACCAACAACAACAGCAACAACAACAACAUCACCAUCAUCAUCACCACCAGCAACAACAGUCACACCACCAAUCUCAUCAUACUCAAACUCCAUCACAACAACAACAACAACAGCAGUCACAGCAACAUCAACAACAUCAACAAAACUUGAGUGGUCAAAGUAGUCAAUCUGCUACCCCAGCAAAUGCGACAUAUCAAUUUGCAACUACUACUUCAGCUGGAGUACCAGUUGCAUUAACAACUGAUCCUAAUGGACCAACAAUGUAUGCCAUUCCGCAAUCAGCAGUUUUUCCAAAUGCUAUGCUUCCUUAUGGUCAUCCACCUCAAGCUCAACUUGUGCCGACGACGCAAGCAACUCAAGCUACACCAGCUGGUGUAAUUACACAUCUUCCUCAUCAAUCUCAAACUGUGAUUAGUCCUAUGAUUGCGCAACCAGCUGGAGCAGGACCCCCAGGAUCAAUACUGCCACCACAACAUCUUUCUAUCGAUCAAACUGGCACCAUCUCGAUUCAACAACAACCACAUACAAAUGCUAUUACACAUUCUAUUUCAACUAAUGGCAAUAAUGCAGUAACUGGUAAUCAUGGUAAUCGCAGCUGCACACCACAAUCAACACCGAGCACACCUGUCUCAACAACAUUGCCAACAAUUAAUCAUCACCAUCAUCCCCCACACAGAAAUAAUCCUCCAUUAUUUGCUACGCCACCGAUGAUACCAAACGGAUUUAAUUCUCAAAUAGCAAAUAAUCCUUAUCAACAACCACAUUACACAGAAACACAUCAGCAUCAUCAUUCAUCACAACAGCAGCAUCAGUUUAAUCAACAGCAAUCGCAUUCUGGUGCUACUAAUUCGGUAUCUUCAUCGUCCUAUGAAAAGAAAAAUUCCUAUUCAAAUGUUAAAAAGAAUAGUGGUAGCAAUAAUAACCAUAAUAAUAAUAAUCAUAAUAAUAACGGAGGUGUUGGAGGCUAUAAUAGUAAUAAUUCAGGAAAUCGUCAAAACGCAUAUUCAAAUAAUAUAAAUAACAGCAAUCAACGUAAAAUGCAUGAAAAUACAAAUAGUUCCGUAAAUAAUUUUAGUAACAAUAACAGCAGUAGCACAAAUAAUUCUAAUAAUAAUCGUCAAAUAUAUAAUACAGGCCAAUCAAACAAUAAUAAACGUAUCAAUAAUAUUGAUAAAACUCAAUCUUCGACCACAAUUGGUAACGCUGGCGCUAACAAUACAGUCGGAGUUCAAAAUAUUAGCAGUACAAAUUUAAAUUCAUCAGCGACUGCUGCUUCAAUCACAUCAAAUAAUAAUAAUAGUGCACAAUUAAAUUCCGAUAUAAAACCUCGCCCUGGUGGAAUACGACAGAAACCGGGAAAUCUUGAUUUUAAACGGAAUGGCAGUCAACGUAAUUCACCCAGCACAAAUUCAGCUGAAAGCAAUAAUAACUCACCGAACAGUAUUGCGUCUAGCCAUAAUAAUAAUCAUAACAAUAACUUAAAUCCAAAUGCUGGUGGUGGUAUACCGACUACACCAGUUAUAAUGACAGCCGUUACUGCUACAGCUGCACCAGCUGAGCAUCAUCAACCCCAUCCGCAGACGCAUCAGCAUCAGCCACAGCAACAACAUCAACAAACAAUGUAUAUGACAAGAGGAGCGCACAUUCCACCAAUGCAUACACCAACUGCUGCUGCUAUUGCUGCUGCAACCGCGGCUGUUGUUAGUGAUGCUGCAGCUGCUGCUGCUGCCACACAUCAACCUUUAAUUGGUGCAUAUAAUCAUCAUCAAGUUGCGCCAGGCGGCAUGUAUUUUAAAUAUGGACAAACCUAUUUCGCACAUCCAUCAGUGGCGACAUUGCCAAAUAAUCGAAGAUCACCACCUAAUGAAAUCAGGCCAUCAUUGACACCAAUAUAUUCGACGGUGAAUAUGAUGCUUCCAGCACCAAGACAGAUACAACCAAGGCAUCCAAAUCCCAAUUAUAAAGGAAAUAAACCGUCACGUUAAGUUUUAAUUAAUGCGUUAAAUUAAGGAUAAUUCAUAUUCUUUUCUCUGCCUUUAAUAUAAUUAUUAUUAUAGUUUUCCGAUUCUCUUUCCUUUACUUUCUGUUUCUAAUAGUUUUAAAAGUAACAUUUUAAGUACCAUAAAUAUGUAUUAAUAUAUAUAAAUACUAUAUAUAUAUACAAAUAGACAUAUAUAUAUAUAUUUACAUAGUAAAAGUUAAAUAUCGUAAAAAUGAAUAAAAUUCAUUUACAGCAAAAAUGUUCAAAAAAAAAAAUACAGAAGAAACAUAAAAUACAGAUAUAAAAAAGUUCAAUUAAAAAAAUAUUUAACAAAUAUAAUAUAUUACAGGAUAUUCAAAAAGUGAAAAAUAAUAACAUAAAAAAAGAAUAAAAAUAAACAUUAACCAUAUUAACACUAUAUUUCCAAAAUACAUCGUAAAACUUCUCUAAACAAAAUAAAAAAAAUAGGAUCACAUCACGCUAUCAUAACUAAAGUCAUUAUAAAUUACGUUAAUAUUAAUUUAAAAAACAAAAAAAAUAUUAAAUAUAAAAAAAAAAUAAAUGCUAAGAUCUCAUUAUAUUACGAUAUUGGCGUGUGACUUACAAAAAAUAAAAAAAAUAAAGAAUUGAAGUAUAAAAAAAAAGCAGAUGGUAUAAAUUAAAAGCAGUUAAAAUUAUAAAUAAAUGAUAUCCGUAAAGAAUUAAAAAAAAAAAAAAAAACUAUCAUAUAUUUAUUAUUUUAUUACAGAUUUAUAUCAUAAAUAUUCAUGUAUACAAUUAUAUUUCUACAAAUUAUAUUUAUAUACACAUAUAAAAAAUAAUUUGUAACUGAAUUGCAAACUAAACCUCAUGUGUCAACAGAAAAUAGAAAAAAAUUUAAAUGACUAUAAUAUUAAUUUUAUAUAAUUUAUAUACAAAAUACACACCAACAAAAUUAAAAAUAAAAAAAAAGACAAAAAAACAAUUUACACAUCAAUUUUCGCAUUACUAAAAAUAAAAACGACCUUAUUACAUAUUAAAAAAUAAAAGUACAAUUAUAUAACAAAAACUGCAUAUAUACUGGGUAUAAAUUCAUUAAAUAUGAAGUUCUACUGUUGUUACUUACCAAAUGUAAAAAUUUAAAUUACAAAACAAAAACUAUUUUAUAUGAUAAAUGAUAAUCUGCCGAACAAUGAAAUGUCACUCAGUUUAUCGAGUUCAUCGAUGAAAAAGAAAUUUCCUCCAUAAUUUUGUAUGUUUUAUGAAAACAUACAAAAACAUACUUUUCAUAUAUACAAUUUCUAACACAAUUUACAAUCUUCAAUUUACGAGUGUUUACCAAAAUGCACAUCUAACGUCGUAGCAAUUUAAAUUGUAUUGCUGAAUAAAUUAAAUUGACAUUACAUCUGCAUUCUUUGUAAAUGUUCUAUUAGUCAAAGAUAUUAACAAUAAAAUUCAUUUCUAUAUUAUAUCAAUUUAUUGUUUAUUGUAAAAUAUAAUAAACAAAAAUUUCCAAUAAAAUAUAUGACCUAUUUCAAUCCAUUAUUUUCUUUAACUUUAUUACAAAUUAUGCAUAAUAAUUGAAAAUAUAUUAAAUUUAUUGAGAUUAAAUGAGUAAUUAAAUAUAUAAAUGGAAAUUAUUAAAUUAUAUUUUUUUUAAAUAUAAUAAAAAAAAUG